AUGCCUACAGCUACUCGCAACGGGUACGGCACCCUCAAUGGGGCCAACUCCUCUGAUGAGCACUCUACAGCACGAGCCUCGGGCCAGGAAACCGACGCGCUGCUGGGGAAGCCCGCUGCAGGUGCUUCUUGGGACAGGUUUCGCCAGUACAUGCUCGACGACAUUGACAGGAAAUGGGCCGACCUUCUGUUGCUGCUGUCAUACGUGAUCACGGGCCUGCUGGACAGUUCGGCGGUCUUCAUCUGGGGCUCCUUCGUGAGCAUGCAGACCGGCAACACCGUCUACCUGGGGCUGGGCCUGGUCGAACCCACCAAGGGGACCCGAUGGAUUCGGUCCCUGACCUCGAUCGCCUUCUUCUGCUUCGGCUCCUUCUGCUUCAGUCACUUCCACCGGCAUUUCUCCCCGAAACGGCGUUGGGUCCUCCUCGUCUCGUUUGCCGCACAACUCCUGCUGGUGCUCGCGGCAGCUGUCAUCGUCAUGCUCGACAGCGAGAGUGACAGCGACUUGCGCUGGGAGGUGCUGGUCCCUGUGGCCUUAGUGGCCUUCCAGAGCAGCGGACAGGCCGUGACGAGCCGAGCCUUGGGAUAUAACAGCCUCACCAGCGUCGUGCUCACCAGCAUCUACUGCGACCUCUUCUCCGAUCCCUUGCUCCUGGCGGGGAUUACCCAAAACUCUGAGAGAAAUCGUCGCGCAGCCGCCCCCAUCCUCCUUUUGACCGGUGCCGUCCUCGGGGGCACGUGGGCUCAUAGCUCGGUGGGUCUCGCCGGGGCAUUGUGGACUGCAGCUGGGUUGAAGAUGACCAUCAUGCUGGCAUUCUUCCUUUGGAGAGGAGAAGAAAAGACACCGAGGCCCUGA